AUGGAGCCUCGAAGCAUUAGCUUUGCAGAGUUUCAAUCAUGCCAUUUCCUCGUUGGUAUCGUGCUUGCGUUGUGCUUUACCCUAGUCUCCUCCACCACAAACGAAACCGACAAACUCUCCCUGCUCGCAUUUAAGGAUGGAAUAAUCAGGGAUCCUUUCAGCGUGCUCAGCUCAUGGAAUGAUAGCGUGGGGUUCUGCCAGUGGUAUGGUGUCACAUGUGGUCACAAGCAUCAAAGGGUCACGAUAUUGGACUUGCGUUCGCAGAAACUCUCUGGGUCGAUCUCUCCUCAUAUUGGGAACCUUAGCUUCUUGAGAGAAUUGUGGCUUGCAAACAACAGUUUCGAUCAUGAAAUCCCUCCGCAAAUCAGCCGGUUGAGCCGCCUACGAAUCCUGCGGCUGGACUACAAGUCAUUGGUCGGUGAGAUCCCCGAAAACAUAACAGCUUGCUCUGACCUUGUCAUCCUUGUGCUUCAAUUCAACCAACUAACCGGGAAAGUUCCUACCCAAGUCAGUUUAUUAUCCAAUCUACGGAUUCUUUCUUUGUAUGCAAAUAAUCUUACUGGGAGCAUGCCUUCUGCCAUUGGGAACUUAUCUUCUCUAGAGAGGCUUUAUCUUACGCGAAAUAACUUGGGUGGGAGCAUUCCUCCGGCCCUAGGCCACCUGUCGAAAUUGCAAUACUUCUUUGUGGAAGGAAACAAACUGUCCGGUCAAAUUCCAUUUGGAGUUUUGAAUCUCUCUUCCUUGACUAACUUCGAUAUAGGAGAAAACCAAAUUCGAGGGAGUCUUCCCGCAGACAUAGGCUUUGCACUUCCAAAUCUUCAGUUUUUUAGCAUUACCUCGAACCUAUUUGAGGGACGAGUUCCUCCGUCAAUAUCAAAUUGCACAAAACUAGAAGUACUUCAACUUGCAACAAACAGACUUUCAGGUAAAAUGCCCACUUUGGAAAAUCUGCACGAGCUUCGAUAUUUCAUCAUUUUCGAAAAUCAGCUCGGGCAAGGAAAACCUGAAGACAUGGAUUUCGUUUGCUCACUGACAAACACCACUAAGUUAGAGGUAUUGUCUAUCGCUUACAACAGCUUCAGCGGAGUGCUGCCGGAAUGCGUAGGUAAUUUAUCCACCACCCUUAGAGGGUUUGAUGUGAGUUUUAAUCCAAUGUUUGGAGAAAUUCCUAGACAGAUUGAUAAUCUUCUGAACCUCGAAGUAUUGCAUAUGCGCCAAAACAAUUUAUCAGGUGUUCUCCCCCCAAAUAUGGGGAAUCUACGAAAUUUGUCAAUUCUGAGGUUGUUCGAUAACUACCUGGAAGGGACAAUCCCAUCUUCUCUGGGAAAUCUAACCCAGUUGACUAUACUAAAUUUGAGUGGGAACAAAUUUCAAGGUCAAAUCCCUUCAGAACUGUCUAACUGCCACUUUUUGAACCGGCUCGAUCUUUCUAGUAACAAUUUUAGUAGUACCAUAUCCCCAAAAAUUAUGGGUAUUUCAUCAUUGGCCAUACUUUUGGACUUGUCUCGUAACCGCCUUACUGGAGUUCUACCUGUGGAAGUAGGCAAUUUGACAUUUUUGACCGCAUUGGACAUCUCAAAAAACAUGUUAGGAGGUGAAAUUCCAAAUAGUUUAGGCGAUUGUGUUGCAUUGGUGUGA